CAACCUCCACCGUCUCCUCCACCACCACGGUGGCGCUAAUUUCAACUCUCGACUAAGAUGAGAACCUUGGAAGGUUCAUCAGCUCCGGCGCCAACAUCUCCGGUGGCUACCUCUCCGUGGCACUCGCCGGUGCCGUACCUUUUCGGCGGGCUGGCCGCCAUGCUCGGCCUAAUUGCUUUUGCGCUACUCAUCCUCGCCUGCUCUUACUGGCGCCUCUCCGGCUACCUCGAGAACAGCGCCGACAGCGACGGCAGGGAUCUCGAGGUCGGAGAGGGUAGUGGCGACGGCGAAAAGAAGGCGGCGGCGGCGCCGGUGUUGGAAGAGAAGUUUCUGGUGAUCAUGGCCGGUGAAGAGAAGCCCACUUUUAUCGCCACGGCGAUAUCGAGUAGAGCGUCGUCUUUUGGAAGUAAAAGCAGUAGUACUCUGAGCAGUGAAAGUAGUACCCUCGAGAAAUCCGAGGGAGAAGAGAAUGAAGAGAAGAAGCAGGAUGACAACGUUAGCCAGGUGCAAAUGGGGGCUGUGGGCCCCCAGGGAACAGAUCAUCUUUCUCCAAAUUAAUCCUCUUUCCAAUUUUCUUCCAAUCUUCAAAAAAAAAAAAAAAAAAAAAAAAAGAAGAAGAAGGUGAAAGGAUCAUUUGGGAUUAUCAAUAUAGUUCUUGAGGGCAAAAAUCAAGAACCAAAAAAAAAAAAAAAAAAAAAAAAAAAGGGAAAAUUGGGUUUUGAUUGAAAGGUAGCAUUUUGAGGUGAUUAUAUUUUGCAAAAUAUAAUUUCUUGGAAAUUGUAUUCCGGAAAUGUAAAUACUUUUUGGAGAAUGAAAAUGAAUGAAGAGCUUGUCAUGUUUUGCUA